CUCGCCACUGACGUUCCCUUCUCGCAGCAUGUCUGCUCCCCCGUCCGAUGACGGUGACUCCCGGACCGCCGCCGUUGGACAGUUGAAUGGCUCCUCCGUUCGCUCCUCCAGACAAAGCUCCCACGACCCGAACCCGAACCCUCGCAAGCGGCAACGACGCAAUGGCGCCGCGGACGAUCGCAAGGUCCAGGAUUUUGUGCCGCAGGGGGCGACCUUCAGCGCCAACUCGCUGGAAGUAGAUCCCGACGACGAGACGUCUUCCUCCGGCUCCGACAGCGAGUCUGUGGGCACCAGUUCAUCCGAAGAGGAAGGUGAUGCGGCAGACAAGCCGCAGUCCGCCGCCGCCGCCGGCGCAGCAGCAGCACCACCCGUCAGUUGGAACAAGGGCAGCAAAAGUGCGAUUCGGACGUCACUUCGCGGGAGUCGCAAUGCGACCGAAGAGAACCAGAAGCCGGCUGCUUCGAAGUUCGACGCGGUCAAUGACAAGUUCUGGCGCAGUCGGAGCGCGUCGACUUCCUCGGCCAGUGACCGCGGCCACGCCGCACCGAACAAGUCCGAUCGCGACGAUGAGAUGGAGGAGGGCGAGGUAGACGAGGCGGAGAGCUCUGCGGAAUCGAGCCACAUGCAGGGAUCGGUGGACUCGGAUGAUUCGGACUCGUUGGACUCGGAGGCGGACGACUCGAUCUUGCUGAACAUCGGCGAGCGGGGUCCCGGCCAGAACCUUGGUCAAACUCAGGAUGGCAUUCUGACCCCCGACGGCGACGAUGAGUACGAGCCGGUCACAAAUGGGUACAAACGUCGCGGCGCACAAGACGAUCUCAUCGACUCCCCGAAGAUGUCGAAGGAAGAUGCACACCGCCGAUACUCCCAGAGGUACCCGACAGCUCCCUCCGUCCUCGCCGAUCUUCACCGGGAGGACAUGGACUUCCAGGCGAAGUACAGGUUCUACGACCGUGACAUCAAUGCCAUUGAUCUCCAGCUCCCGAUCGCCUGUACGGAGUGUUUACAAGAGGGCCACCUGGCUGAAGUCUGUCCUUCGAAGGAGUGCGUCCAUUGCAAUGCCUGGAACGAACACCAAAGCAGCCUAUGCCCCACGUGGCGCCGCUGCCAACGCUGUCGCGAGCGCGGCCACGACGACGACACCUGCCCCUCCGCCCUGAAAGGCUCCGCCUCUGAGACCCCAUGCGACCUGUGCGGCUCGUCCGACCACCUCGAACUCGACUGCGACAUGAUGUGGAAGCUCAGCAACCAGAACGACCCAACGUCCGGCCCCGUCCUCGUCUCGAUCUCCUGCGCCAAGUGCUGCAGCAACCGCCACCUCAUCGGCGAUUGCCCCUCUCUCAAGAAACCCCUCCUCUCAUCCACCUGGACCCUCCACGGCAUUGACCCGGGCAUGAUCACAAACACCAACUCGGUGGUUAGCAGCCGACGUGGCGGCGGCGGCGGCCCCCGAGGCGGCCAAGCGCCGGGCCCCCGCGGGAUGAAGAUCCGCGGUCGGGCCGACCAGCACCGCCCACCGUCCUCCGACAGCGACGACAUGAUGAGUCGGCUGCGUCAGCAGCCCGUCAACCGCGGUAACGACAACAACAGUAAUCGCGGACAUAUUCGGUUCGGAGCUGGCAUCGGCACGAACAACAGAAAUAUUGCGCCGCCGGGUGGUGGUGGUGGUGGCUAUCGACAGCGGUCUCUGUCGCCGAACGGCCGUCCGGGUCGUGGUGGUCGUGGCGGCGGCGGUGGUGGUGGAAGAGGCAGAGAUAGUUACCAACCCUCGUCCGGGGGUCGAAAUGCGAGACCGCCACCCGCGCCCUCGCGUCCGGCCAGAGGCGGCGGCGGAGGACGCGGUGGUGGUCGGGGUGGGAAGAGAGGAGGGGGAGGGUCCGGUGGAGAUGCGUACCGUCCGCCGCGGCGCUGGUAAGAAGGCCUGUGAUUGAUGCAGGAUGUGAAUGGUUGAUUGAGUUGACACGACUAAUACCCCCUCUACGAGUGGCUGCGGGGAUAGAUGCAUGUUUGCGUACUUUGUAAAAAAAAUACCCCGGGAUGAUUAUCUUUCUUUUAUCUGUUUGUCUUAGUAUCAAUUCCCCAGACGAAAAGGAGCCAGGGCAGGUCCUUUCUCGCAAAGCAUUAUGUACAGA